UGACGUAACAUCGCCGCGACUCAUAACUGCUGGUAAACUAACUAGAAACUAACGUGACUCCCUGUAAUCGUCUGUGUGUAUUUAAUAAUUAGUUGACAGAGUGAAUAUUGUCGGGAAUAACGUCUCGCUUUUAAUCCAACAUGAGUUCGUCAAUGCCGCAGAAGCGUUACUACAGACAGCGAGCCCAUUCAAACCCGAUGGCGUACCACACGUUUGAUUACCCUGUGUGUCCUGAGGAGAUGGACUGGUCCAAACUGUAUGCAGACUUCUUCACUGGAAACCCCUCUGAGAAAGAGACCCCUCGAGUUGAGUUUGCAGACAUUGGCUGUGGAUACGGGGGUCUUUUAGUGGAGUUAUCUCCGCUUUUCCCGGACAAGCUCAUCCUGGGCCUGGAGAUCCGAGUGAAAGUGUCAGAUUAUGUUCAGGAUCGUAUUCGGUGCCUGCGUGCCUCGGAACCAGGAAGCUACCAGAACAUCGCCUGCAUUCGCAGCAAUGCGAUGAAGUACCUCCCCAACUUCUUUUCUAAAGGACAGCUCAGUAAGAUGUUCUUCCUCUUCCCUGACCCUCACUUUAAGAAGACCAAGCACAAGUGGAGGAUUAUUAGUCCCACAUUGUUGGCAGAGUACGCCUACACGCUGAGAGUCGGGGGUUUGGUGUAUACCAUCACAGAUGUGGAGGAAGUGCACCUCUGGAUGGUGAAGCACUUCACUGAACAUCCGCUGUUUACGCGCGUCUCGGAUGAAGAACUGGUUGGUGAUGUCAUCAUAAAUCGUUUGGGUACCUGUACAGAGGAAGGAAAGAAAGUGCAGAGAAGUGGAGGGAAGAAUUUCCUCGCAGUUUUCCGGAGGAUCGAGGAUUCAAUCUGAGACCAAACACUUUGGACAUGCAAUGAACUGAAAUAAGGAUCUUAUGCAGUCAUCUCUUCAUGGACGAUAAUGCUGCUCUGUGGAUCAGGAGGCUGUCU